UUCUUGAAAUGUUAACAACAACACACUGUCAGACAAGGCGUGAGAGCGACAGGCUCAGAAUACUUCAGACUGAUUCACAUUAUGUUCAGAAGAAGAAUUAGGAUAAAAUAAGAUGAAAAGAUUGAAUAUUGCACACACCGGUAAUUUAGAUAAUUACCUAACAGUAAAAUGUGUAUGUUCGCUCUAUAAGUUAUAUUAAAGUUCAACAGAUAUAAGAACGUGCACGAUCACGUCUGUCUGUCAUAUGAUUCACAAAUCUACUUUCGCACUAUUUUUACUUUCUACAACAAAGUGUAAGAGUGAGAGGAAAUUUAGAGGCAUAACACACAAUUAUAUUUUUUUAAAAGGCAUAUGAUAAUUCUUUGAAAAAGCAGUUUCAUUUCUUUAAUUAAAUAGUUACUUUUACAGACAUAUUACUUAACGAUAUUCUAAAAUGCAUACAUAUACAUAUUUGGUGCUCAAAAAGAGUUCCUGGUUCAAUGGGUAACCGCUCGCCAGCUGUAGCACGGGAUAUGACACUUCGAUUUCUAGCAGAAGACGCACACUCUCCCCCAAUCCACAGUAUCAUCUACCAGAAGUCGGUAGUAGGCCAUGAAACGAUGGUAGGCUUGGUGUGACUAGCAACCACAUCAUUGCUACUGAAACAUAUGAAGCUUUGAGCUUUAUGUUCCAUAUGUAUGACAUAAGCCUGUUGCAUAAAACUAACGAUGAAAUAGUCUGAGAAGUAAAAAAUUCAAGUUUAGAAGUUGUGUUUACUUACAGCCAAGGAUAUACCAUUUACGAAGUAUUUAGGCUCUUGCAAGUUGCAAGUUUCUCUCUUACCUAGAACUCUUGCACAAUCACAGAUCUCAUAUGCAUACACUGUCAUUUAGCAUCCUUAUUAAUAACUCCCUGUGUCAUUGCACCAAUUUUACCUGUUAAUGUUGUUAUCACUGAUAAUUAUCAAAACACUAUCAGAACAAUUUGUCUGCAUAAUGCAAUCACUCACUCCAGAAUAAUUUAAUGUAUAAAAAGGGGUGAUAAUACAUAACUGAGAAAAACCUUCAUCAGAUUUAGCUAACUAGGCAUGCCUACUACUACUACUAAUUUAACCACAGAAAAAGAUGCUAUGAUAAUUUCGUAAAAUUCAAAUGAGAACAUGAAAAGGGGAGAAUAAAAAAGAAUGAUAACCACAAAAGCAAGCAGAGUAUUCCUAAUUUAGUCAAAAGGCAAUAAAAGACGCAUAAAAUGAUCACGUAAAGCUAUUUAGACAUAAUAAAGUACAGGUAUCUAAACUACUACUAUGACUAUAAUUAACUGAGAGUUCCAUAACCACCCACUGAUUGCACACACACACACAAACUAUAAUCCCCUUGAAUUUCGAGUGGAACACAGGACUUCAGCUCAGGCGGAUCGCCGUUUCACUCUGGUCACUGCAGUCACUUUGGGUUGCUGAUCCAUACAUCUCCAUUGUCUUCUGCACAUAUGAUGGUUGGAUCACAGGUCCAUUACCGGUCUUCGUUUCCGAUCGUCUCUGGUCAUCUGAUCUUCAGUUUCGAGAGAAAGCAGCCACUGUUGAAGGUCUACAGCAAGCUGGUGGAUAUGCUUAUGUAACUCAUCAAGUCUUUGAAUUAUUUAAGAGGCACUAAUUUGACUUUAGUUUCUACAAAAGUGGUAAGUGCUUCUCGCGCUGCACUAGUUGUUGGGCUCUGUGGUCUCAUACAAGCUGCGUUCUCCGCUGCACAGCAUCGUUCUUCUAUCCAUUUAACAGGACAGGAAUAUAGCUCGUUACUUAUUCAUAUCCUUGUGCAAAUAGUUCUUUCUUUCAUUGUUGUCUGUAUUAGUCUCGUUGGUCUCGCUGGGAAUCUCAAGGAGUUAGAGGCUGCUGCAGAGUUCAGGGAGAAGUUUGUUCCAUCAAUCGUUUCAUAUAUUUUUAGGACCUGCGAUUAACUUGGAAAUAGACCUUCCUUUUACAUUUUUCAUCACCGCAAAGCUCUCUUGUCGACUAAUCCCACCCUCUAAUUCAGUAAUCACAAUGUCCACCAAUCCUAUUGUUCUUGCCCGUGGACACACUGAAGCAGUCACAACUUUGUCACUUUCUGAUCAUCUGCUGGCAUCUGGAAGUGCGGAUGGCAAUACCUAUUUCUGGUCUCUGGAUUUGAUCCAAAGUCCUUGUCCUGUUCUCCAGGCUCCAAGAUAUGGUCACUGUUCUAGUCUCAAAUUUAGUGUUAAACAAGAAAAUAUACUCUACGGGGCGUAUAGCCAAGAAAUUAUCUCGUGGGAUAUACGCAACUUAAGACAGCUAUUCGAUAUUUGGAAAGUUAAUGAAGGGAGAGUAAAUUCGAUUGACGUAUCUGAGACUGAAGACCGGCUGGCGUCAGCAGAUGAUACUGGUACAGUACAGAUUAUUGAUCUGAGUAAUGGUUCGCUUGUUCGUACUCUCAAGAAACAUGAUAACAGCGUGUCUUCAGUUAAGUUCCGACCGGGUCGUCCCUGGCAGCUGGUGAGCGGUGGUGUCGACUGUAAAGUUGUCGUAUCCGACUGGCGGGGAUCAGGCUUGGCGGUUAAUAUUUUUGAGCUGAGUGAAAUUGCUGACUACUCUGGCUCAGACUCAAACAAUGUUGAGGCUGACGAUUCUUAUAUAGACAGUAUAGAUGAUGAAUCCUUGAAUGUACUCCUCCGUUCCAACUCCACCAUGAACUUUGACGGGGGUAAUACCAGAACGAAUGACCGCAUUCGAGAUCGGUUUGCCGAGCAGAUUGUAAGUCAACCAGCGUCAACAUCUUUUCGUGUAUGUUACAUGUGUCCUUAUUAACUGUGUUUCAACCUACAGGAUUUCAUGAUGACAAGAACAGUAUCCUGUUCCAUGACUCCUCAUUUUAUAAAGUAGCCUACUGUGUAGACUAAAGUGGGAUGAAACUUAGGCAUUUCAGCGUGUGUUCUAGGUGUUAAUCUCAAUAUUUCUGGUCGCUUCUUUAAAAGUGAAAUCUGUUUAUUUUUGGUCUGUCAUGUCGGAAAGUAUAUAAUGAGCUGUAAAUCCCAGUUGGCGUCACAAUUAAGGCUCUUCAUCUCAUUCUAGUGAAGCUCAUAAUCGUAAAUUUGAUGAUUG